UUAAUAAUCUGUAAUCAGCCAUUGAAAAAGUUGUUGAUACUGAAUUUGAUUGUUCGAUCUUCACAUCGUAUUGGAAUUUUAUUGUUAAAAUCAAGACUCUAAAAGUUUUAUUGAAUAAUAAAAUAAUCAAGGUCUACUGAGAAUUACUUCUGCGACCAGCAACCGUGAAUAUGUUACCGUGAACAUCAAUGUAAAAAUAUGAUAUUGACCAAUUCAGUGUAAUUCAAAUAAUUUACGUAGUUACCGAAUUUGUACAGUCGUCUUCAUGUUGACUUUGUGCCACAAUUAUUUUCGAGUUACUAACAACAAUAAGAAUAGCAAAGAUGUGCCCCAACGUUUUAACAAGAGGAAAUUUGCGUUCGGCGUUUUCAUUCUGUUGUUGGUCGUUAUCCUGUGGGUGGUAUCCUCUGAGAUGACAAAAUAUUUGUACAUAGAGAAGCAUAUAGAGAGACCAUUCCUUGUGACCUAUGUGAGGAGUUCACUGCUGUUUAUUUAUUUGUUAGUAUUAUGUUUUACACCUCCAACAAGAGAUCCUUGUCAACCUGCUGACUACACACAAUUAUUAGAACAAACAGGAGAAACGGAUGAUGAGAGUUACUUUAAUGAAGCCACAAACAGUUUGGUUCAGACUCAGGGAGAUUCUACUUUUGUGCCGGUCCGGGCCGGGGAGACGACUGACAGUGACGAUGCGGCGCCAAGAGCUGUACGAUUUAAUAAAGUGGCAGAGGUUCGUGUAAUGUCGGCGGCUAUGGCAAGCGAGGCGUUGUUGGCGCGCCUGUCGUGGGCCGCGUCGGUGCGCGCCACCGAGCACGCCCAGCGCCGCGCCGCCGCCGCCGCCACGCGCCGACAUCUCAGACUAGCGCUACUCUUCUGUGUACCUUGGUUCAUAUCAAACUAUCUGUACCGACUGAGCCUGUUGCACACGUCGACGGGCUCGGCGACAAUAUACACCUCGACGGCCGGAGCGCUGGCGCUCUCGUUCGGUGCUAUAUUCGCGCAAGUACCAAACGACCGGUUCACUCUAUCCAAGUGCAUCGCUGUUUUACUCACUGCAGCUGGACUGGUGGUAUUAGGCAUAUCAGAAAGUCAUCAAACAAAUUGGAUAGCGGUGUUGGCAGCUUUGGGUUCAGCGUUAUGUUACGCUGUACAUUUACUUUUAUUUAGACAAGCUUUAAGAAACGGCGACGAUAUCAACUCAUCGUUACUCGUUGGUCUGGUGGGAUGUGCGUGUGGUUGCCUGACGUGGGUGGUGGGCGGCGUGCUGGCGGCGACGGGCGUGGAGCGCGCCGAGCUGCCCCCGCCGCGCCAGUGGACCUGGCUGCUACUGGACGCGGCGCUCGGGCCCCUGCUCAUCGACUCGCUGUGGCUCUGGGGACGAUCACUAACAUCGCCACAAGCCGCAACAAGCAUCUUAGGGCUGGCGGUGCCUUUGUCGCUGUGUGUGGAGGCCUGGCGCGGCGGCGGGGCCGGCGGCGGCGGCGCGUGGCGCGGGCUGGCCGCAGCCCUGGCCGGCGCGGGCUGGGCCGCCGCCGCCACGCAGCUCCCGCGAGACUUCGCCCUCUUCACCUGCCUCACCGACCGACUACGGGCAGCUGAAGGCUUCACGGUGAUAAGAAACAUUCCGGACUUGGACGAGCAGUCAGAAGCGUUGAUGUCCUCGGACGAGCCCACGUAGCGCUACUCCACACGCAACUCCUGCUACGAGAGGAACCACUUGAAAGUCUGAGCCGCACUCAUAGCCACGUCAGUAGCGGCUGUUACUUUACAACUAUGUACAUAGAAACAAGUAAACAUUACGAGUCCCGCGACUUAGACACUCGUGACUUUAUCCAUUCCGUAUAGUAUACGCAACUUUAUUUUAAGUGCAUCACGUCUUAUGAAACCCCUCGGCCCAGCGGCCCUCAAAAGCCUGUGAUCUAGAUCAAUUAUAAUAUUUAGAUUUUCAGAGCUUGGACUACCACUAAACAUACAGUAGUAUGCAAUUUGAUUAAGCCAGUAGGUCUCAUUUUAUUGUUUUACCAAUAUUUUCUGGCACCGCAUGUUUUGUAAAGCCUCAGUUUGGCGUGUAGCUAGUCGGGUGUCAACUUAUCUAAUAAAUACACCCUCAAGUAUUUGUGUGGUCACACAUUGUUACACCUAGUCUAAUUUAUAUUAAAUAAUUAAAUCUAUUAGGUGUAUUAAUCGUUAAAUUGUGUAAAAUUUCUUAAUUUAUGUCUUAAAAGUUGAACAUAAUGUGUUGAAACUUAUGAAAAUAAUCAAUAUUAUUGUCAUAUUUGUAUAAAAGAUCUUGAAAUUUUAAUAUCUAUACAAAAUAUGUUGUAAAUUGUAUAAUAAUAGUACCAUUAGCUUUGUGUGCAUAAAUUGUUUAAUGUACAUCUGAAUACUGUUUGAUGUAUACUCAACUAUUAGAUAAUUACAUAAGUGUUUGAUUACAUCUGUACCUACAGAGUCCAUAAAGUUCUUAAAAAAUAAUAAAUAAGUGAUACAUAUUUAUUUAUUCACUAGCUGUGCCUUUGAUCUCUGUUUUUAGAGGUAUAAACAAUAAAGGGCUUAAUUCAUGGAAAUUAUUUCAUACUUGCAUGUUUGUAGUACUUAAUUUGAUAUUGGCGUGUUGCUAUUAUCGUUUAUUGCAUUUAUCUGACGAUCAAAUUUUUAAUUGGAAUAUUUGUUGUUAGUGUUAUUUUGUUAUACUUAAAAUUGUUUUGUCAUUGUGUUGUCCAGUUUUCUGACAAUUCAAACGAAAAUCUGAAAGUUUGCUACGAUACAAUUGCAUAAUUUCUUCGAUUUUUUAUAUAAUACUAUUCUUCUGAUAUACAUCCUAUUUAAACUGUGUAAAUAGAUAAACUAACAGCUAUAUUUGAUUAUAUUUAUACUAUCUUCCUGUUGUAUAUUGUGUUCUAUUUGUAAUUGACACAGUAUUAUCUAAGUGAAUUAUUUUGUGUUAUGAGAGUAGUAGCAAUAGAUUUUAUAUACAUAUUA